UUCAUUCAUAUGAUUUCAUUUGCAUUGAAUCUCAUAUUAUUUUUCCAUUUGUUUCAAUCGAUAAACUUUUUGUUUGAUUAAGUGUUUUAUCAAUUGUUUCUUAAAUUAGUCUCAUAUUUGAAGAUAUUUUUAGUUUGUUUUAUAUAUAAUUUGUUUAAUAUUUUUUUUGUUUUGUAUAAUUUGUUUCAACACUUAUAUUAAUAGAUAUGAAGUCUGAUUUUCCGCUAUUACCCAAAAUAGUGAACGGAGGCAUUGCGGGUAUAAUUGGCGUGACAUGUGUUUUCCCGAUUGAUCUAGUAAAGACUCGUCUCCAGAACCAACGAAUUGGUCCAAAUGGACAACUCAUGUAUAGAUCAAUGUUCGACUGUUUUGCCAAAACCUUUCGCAAAGAAGGCCUCUUUGGUAUGUAUAGAGGAAGCGCUGUUAAUAUACUCCUUAUUACACCCGAAAAGGCCAUCAAAUUAGCGGCAAAUGACUUCUUUCGACAUAAACUAACGGAUGAAAAUGGGAGGCUAUCCAUUCCAAAAGAAAUGAUCUCCGGAGGUGCGGCCGUGACCACUCCUAUGGAACUGUUAAAAAUCCAAUUACAAGACGCUGGAAGAGUUUCGGCCAAAGGAGCCAUUGAAGGGGGAGAAGCCAUCGUUGCCACCUCUGCGACAGCCAUUGCUCUCAAACUGAUUAAAACUCGAGGAAUACUCGGUCUCUACAGAGGGACGACAGCAACAAUGCUCAGAGACGUCUCAUUUUCCGUCAUAUAUUUUCCACUCUUUGCUAAUCUCAACAAAUUAGGCCCAAAACGAAAGGACGGAGGAUCGGUGUUUUGGGCAUCAUUUUUGGCCGGUUGUUGUGCGGGAUCUGUGGCCGCCGUCUCUGUCAACCCCUUCGAUGUCAUCAAAACACGUCUUCAAGUGUUGAACAAAGCUAAAGGAGAGGUGACUUAUAACGGCAUUUUGGACGCCUUUAUUAAGAUCUCGAAAAGUGAGGGCUACGGGGCAUUCCUGAGAGGCGCCGGGUGUCGUAUAAUGGUCAUCGCACCACUCUUUGGAAUCGCACAAACGGUUUACUUCCUGGGCGUCGGCGAGUUUCUGUUGGGAAUCAAUAAAACAAAUUAAUGGCAAUUAUGUGAAGAUAUCUCUAUUUUUAUGUUAUUUACAAAUAUUUAGAUAAUUGAGUUUUUGUUCAGAUAUUUUUACAAUGUAUUUUUAAUUUAUAUUUAGAUCUUAUUAUUGUUUAGACUAUUAUUUAAAACGAUGAGAAACUCAGUAUUA